AAGGUUAGGGUUUCUUAUUCCACUAGCGGGGUGGAGAAGACGAAUCAACCAAAAAAUACAAGAAGAUAGAAUGGGAAGAAAAAGCAUGAAACAAAGUUCAGUAUUUACUCGAUAUGUUAGAAGGAGCGAAAUUAAUAGGUGCCGGAGCUGCUACAAUUGCUUUAGCCGGGGCUGCUAUCAGCAUUGGAAACGUGUUCAGUUCUUUGAUUCAUUCUGUGGCCCGAAAUCCAUCAUUAGCAAAACAAUUAUUUGGUUAUGACAUUUUGGGCUUUGCUCUUACAGAAGCUAUUGCAUUGUUUGCACUAAUGAUGGCCUUUUUAAUCUUAUUCGUUUUCUGAUAGCAGAAAAAGUCUGAAAACGAAAUGAAAUAUCUCUGUCUUGUUCCAUGG